CUCAGCGCCCAGUCAGCGAUUGACUCAGUCAGUAGUAGGGAUCUAGGAUUUCUACUUGUCAGUGACUCUCUGGCGUCGCUAUCAAGUGUGACUCCCCAUCGAAAAUGUCAAAGUUGGAGCAGAUCCUUGUUCUUGACCCUUCGUCUGACCUCAGAUUUAAAGGGCCCUUUACAGAUGUAGUCACCACCAACCUGAAACUGAAGAACCCGUCUGAUAGGAGAGUAUGUUUCAAAGUGAAGACAACAGCGCCACGCAGGUACUGCGUACGGCCAAACAGUGGCAUCAUCGACGCCGGGGCCACCGUCACAAUAUCUGUAAUGCUCCAGCCCUUUGACUAUGACCCGAAUGAGAAAAGUAAACACAAAUUCAUGGUGCAAACAAUCUUUGCUCCUACAAACUCAUCUGACAUGGAUUCAAUGUGGAAAGAUGCAAAAACCGAUGACCUCAUGGAUUCCAAGCUGAGAUGUGUCUUUGAACUGCCUUCUGAAAACGAUAAAGUGGUCAGCAGCUCAGAGACUGGGGAGGGUAGAUCCUUGUCUAAAGCUGGCUGGGGGUUAGCCACCCCGAGGCAGGCAGACAGGCAGGCCUCCAUGUUCUCUGGGGAGCCAGGCUAUGAGGGGGGCUCUCGUCUGCCCCCCAGAGCCACUCCUGGCUCUGAAUUCCGCACCCCCUUCAGCAGCAGGUCAGGCCUGCCCCCCACCCCGUGCAGCGUUAGCAACAGGAGUGACCUGCAGGGAUUCAGGACAGCCCCCAGCUCUGAGGUUAAAGUGAGGAGCAGGAUGCAGAAUGAUGUGGACGCCCCCGUGGUGAACUCUGCCAAGGCUGAAGGGCCCUUGGUGGCGGCGGCGACGGCCAAGCCUGUCAGCGCCUCGCUGGACGACACGGAGAUGAAGAAGCUGCUGGAGGAGUGCAAGAGGCUGCAGUCUGAGAUGGGGAAACUGGCCGAGGACAACCGGCAACUCAAGGAUGAUGGUAUUAGAAUGAGAAAGGCCCCACGCUCCGACCACAUGACAUCAAACGCUACCACCUUCCUUGGCCGAGAAACAAGCACCGCCUCACUUCCUUCCCUCCUCGUUGUCAUAGCAGCCAUCUUCAUCGGAUUCUUCCUAGGGAAGUUCAUCUUGUAGACUGGGAGACGCAUGCCUGCUGUAUCCCCCACCCUGGCUCCGGAACCCAAAGGCCUGGAUUAACCAAGAAGUCUUGUUUGUUGACUUUGCCAUAUCAUUGGUAGUGCGGCCUACAGUGAACACGUCUGUACAGCAUCAUAUGAGGGCAUCGCCUUUUUACAAUCUCUCACACGGUUAGAACACAUGCAGAAAGGAGAAAGAAUGAAAAAGAGUGCUCCUUUUUUCUUUUCUGUUUUUGAUAGAUAGAUGGACAGGUUUGUGGAGGUUUUGAAGAAAGGUGUACACUAUCAAUCAACAUGAAGGACUGUUGCUAUGCACCUAGAGUGACCUUGGUGAGAAGCAGUCAAAUAAAAUAAUCGUUUUCUCUCUCUCUGUCGUUUUAAUAGGAGUUGAAUGGAAUGUUAAGUGUCUUGUAAAUGUUAUUUUAAUCCUUUUAACAAAAGGAAAGAACUUCCAUCAAUAAGACCUUGCUACCUGUUGCUGGAUUGCCUCUGAAAUCAACUUAAUUUGUUCAGUUUGUAAUUUCUACUUUCUCUUGGGGAAUGUUUUGAGUCCAGCUGGGGAUAUAGGUGCCUCCUUUCUUGUACAUUUCUGUCCUUUCCUAUCCCUGACAAUACCAAUGCAGACUUUAUAUUAUUAUUAAUAUUAUUAUUGUUUUUUUUUUCUCAAUACAAAUCAUAUAUCCCUUUUAUGAGGCAAAUGUUGACUGAAAAUAAGGUCUCCAUUAUUAAAUCCUGUCCCAUGGUAUUAAGCAUUGAAGAAAAUAAAACAGAAAAAAAUGUG